AGCUGGGCGCAGGGGGAGGUCUGAGUGGCACAGGAGCUGGUGCAGGGGGUCACCAGGCACCUCAUAAUGGGCAUGUGGCAAUGCCAAGGAUGGCAAAACCCCCUUUUGGGGGUGUCCAGAGGCCGGGGCGGUUUCUCCCCAGUGUGGUGCAGCAGCCCUGGGGUAGGUUAAGCCAGUCCCCGAGGCCUGACAUUUAUAAACAUCAGCCGCUCCCGGGGAAUCAAUACAGUUUAAUAACCGGCGAGCGGAGACGGGAGACACAUCAAAAUGACACUCUGCGGCUCCGUAAAUGUUAUUCUAAAUCAUCCUCGCUGGGUUUAUUGCAUUAAGCACACAGCAGCGGGCACGGGAAAUUUAUUCCAGCAAAGGCCAUCACGCUGGGAAAUAGGGCUGGCGGAUGAACCGCCCCAUCCAGGUGAAGCCGGCCGACAGCGAGGGCCGAGGAGAAGACAGGAAGCUCUUUGUGGGCAUGCUGGGGAAGCAACAGAGUGAGGACGAUGUCCGCCGCCUCUUUGAGCCCUUCGGCCAAAUCGAGGAGUGCACCAUCCUGCGAGGGCCUGAUGGAGCCAGCAAAGGUUGUGCCUUUGUGAAAUAUGGGAGCCAUGCCGAGGCACAGGCUGCCAUCAACAGCCUGCACGGCAGCCAAACCAUGCCGGGCGCCUCGUCCAGCCUGGUGGUGAAGUUUGCGGACACGGAUAAGGAGAGGACCCUGCGUCGGAUGCAUCAGAUGGCGGGGCAGCUGGGCAUCUUCAACCCCAUGACCAUCCAGUUUGGCGCCUACGGGGCCUACACACAAGCGAUCAUGCAGCAGCAGGCAGCCCUGAUGGCAGCUGCCCAGGGCACUUGCCUCAACCCCAUGGCCGCCAUCGCCGCCGCCCAGAUGCAACAAAUGGCCGCCUUCAACGUCAGCGGGCUGGUGGCUGCCCCCCUCACCCCCUCUUCAGGUACGAGCACCCCUCCGGGGAUCAGCACGGCGCCGGUGCCCAGCAUUGCCGCGCCCAUCGGCGUGAACGGCUUCAGCCCCCUGCCACCCCAGACCAACGGGCAGCCCGCCUCCGACACCAUCUACACCAACGGCAUCCACCCCUACCCAGCUCAAAGCCCCACGGUGGCAGACCCCCUCCAGCAGGCCUAUGCCGGCAUGCAGCACUAUGCAGCAGCAUAUCCCACUGCCUAUGCUCCCAUCAGCCAAGCCUUUCCCCAGCAGGCACCGCUCAUCCCGCAGCAGCAGCGAGAAGGUCCCGAGGGCUGUAACCUGUUUAUUUAUCACCUGCCCCAGGAGUUCGGGGACGCGGAGCUCACGCAGAUGUUCUUGCCUUUCGGCAACGUCAUCUCUGCCAAAGUCUUUGUGGACCGUGCCACCAACCAGAGUAAAUGCUUUGGUUUCGUCAGUUUUGACAAUCCGACGAGCGCCCAGGCGGCCAUUCAGGCCAUGAAUGGCUUCCAGAUUGGCAUGAAGAGGCUAAAAGUCCAGCUAAAGCGGCCGAAAGAUGCCAACAGACCCUACUGACCCCAGCAGAGAGGUCGGGCGUCCCGCGGUGUCUGACGACUUUCCCCUUCCCCAAGUGCAGUAUCCAAACCCGUAACUCUCUUUCUUUG